AUGAGCUCACAUCAACCAUUCAGCUCCGAUGCCCCGCCAUCAGAAUCACAGCAGAAUAUGCUUGAAGAUAAUGUAUGCGAUGACUGGCUGCAAGAUGAACAUGCCCUCACCUUCAGUGCCUUGGAUGACUUCUACUUUUGCACAUCAGAGCUUCCAACCCCAGAAAACCCUCAAGGGACGGGAUUUGAUUCCCAGUCCUUCGUUCCUUCUGAGAUAUCUACUCACUCAGCCCUCCAUACUGCUGAAUUCCCGAUAGAAUCAGUUGAAAUUAAUACAGGAGAUACUUUCCCUAAUGUGCCUCACCAAUCUUCACCGAGUAUUGCCAAAAUCUCCCAGUGGCUAGACGGUGCCUACUUUCCAUCUGUGCCCUGCAGUCAUUGCCGCAGAUAUCGCCUUCAGUGUCUGGUUUUGCGCACUACAUCGGCAAAUCCAAAUCCAGUGACCUCUUGCGCGAGCUGUGUGGCACUUUUUCGGGAAUGCAGUUUGGCAAAAGGAGAAAAACGCCUUCCUAGUGGUUUUGAAACGUUUACUCCAGUUCUAGGCCAUUUGCAUGGCCUACUAGAACAUGCCGAAGAUUCCCAUGAACCUAUGAUCCCUGUUCAAUUGGAAGAGAGGAAAGAAUCUACGCAGUUUAUCAGAAAAGGAGCUAGGAUUUUGCGUGAGUGGUUCCACCAAAAUCAAGAGCAUCCAUAUCCAACCGAGGAUCAAAAAUUUCAGCUUUCAGAGGAAACCGGCUUCUCUCAAAAGCGUAUUUCAAUAUGGUUUGCGAAUGCUCGCCGACGACAGAAGCAGAAACUUCACAUGUCGAACUUGCCUUCCAGAUCUCGCCAUCGCGCUGGAUCACCUCUUGUCAGGAGUACGCUAGACACGAUGUCACCAAUUGAGAGGUGGCAGGUGUCACCACCGGAUGAUGAGCCUGUCCUUGAAUCUACGAUCCAAGACGCCAUAGAUACAGCCAUGGAUCUUUUCCCCUUCGACGAGUCCACCAUAGAUCUGUUCAAUUUCGACGAAACCUCUCCACAUCUAACCUCCUCCGUAUCCAGCUUUGGGAGUCAAGCAUCAGAGACCUCUGAUAGCAUAUGCUCAGCAUGGAGUCAUCAGUCUGGAGAAAUGGCAUUACCGUUUCCACUCUCAUCCGAGACACCCCGACAUCGACGGCAACGAAAGCAGAAAUACUCUGGAGAAGACAACCUAUAUCAAUGCACUUUCUGCACAAAAUCGUUCAGGAAACGACAUGACUGGUCACGACAUGAAAAGAGUGUCCACCUUCCAUUUGACACUUGGAUCUGCACUCCAAACCCAAGCGAACUGCGAGAAUCGUGGGGUUCUCACAUGGCAGAUUGCAGUUUCUGUGGCAUUUCGUUCCCGAAUUCAGCACACUGGGAUGAACAUGAAUUCCAGUUUUGCUCUACAAAGCCCCUGGCAGAGCGAUCGUUUAGCCGGAAAGAUCACUUGUGGCAGCAUCUGCGCAAGUUUCACGGCUGCGUCCAGAGCCCUGUUGCUGAUCUUGAUGCAUGGAGAGGCUCUGGUGCUAAUAUUCAGAGUCGGUGUGGGUUCUGUGAUAUUUCAUUGUUUACUUGGACUGUUCGAGCGAAUCAUCUUUCGGAACAUUUCAAAAAUGGUGCGCGUAUGAGCCAGUGGGUAGGGGAUUGGGGCCUGGAUGCUUCGGCGAUGAAUGUCCUCAAAUGCGCCAUUCUGCCAUUCCAGCGAUAUCUAGAAGCAUCCACUCAAUGA